GCCAUGUUGCGGCCCUGAGCGCGGCCGGGAUGAGGCGCGGCGAGGCGGCGGCCGGCCGCCCGCUCCUCCUGCCGCGGGGGACUCUGCUUCUGCUCGGUGUCUGCAGCGCUCUUUCCCUGGAGAUUAGAGCCAGUCCUAAAGUGCGAGCUUUCAUCGGUGAGCAAGUGUCGCUGAGAUGCUCAUUCACAUCCAGUUCCCCCAUCAGUGAGAGCCUGACGGUAGACUGGACGUACCAGCCCCUCAGUGGUGGCCAGAUGGAGUCAAUCUUUCAUUACCAGUCUGUCCCGUACCCCACAUCAGUGGGCAAGUUCAAAGACAGGAUAUCCUGGGUGGGGAACGUUGCCAAGGGCGAUGCUUCCAUCGCUAUCCAAAACCCAGCAGUGAGUGACAACGGGACGUUCAUCUGCAGCGUGAAGAACCCUCCGGACGUGUACCACAACAUCCCCCAGACCACGCUGGUGGUUACUGAGAGGGGCCUUUUCUUCCAGCUGACUUCGGCGUCGCUGCUGUCCAUUUUAGUGUUUCUCCCUUCCAUCCUUGUGGUCAUUGUGCUGCUGGUGAGGAUGGGAAGGAAAUUCAGAGCCAUCAAGGAGAAAACAAAAUCUGGCUGUAAGAAAUCCUCCAUCGAAGUGUCUGAUGAGCCUGAGCGUGCAGAGGCAGAUGGCUGCUUGGGGAAGCUCAAAAACUGGUGUCUGGCCUGCGUGGACACGGAUGAGGAAGACCCGUACUGACGACAGACUAAAGCUGUGGAUACAGAACAGAAUCUCAGCACUGAAAGUCACGGUUAGAUGGGUCCGAAGGCUGCUGGAUAACCAGUGCAGAUUGAAGGAGCUGCUCUAAUCUUGCUAAACUGGAAGAAUAAUGCCACAGGGUAAUUCACUUCUGCUUAAGCACAAAAUAAGGACUCUUGAAACCUUCCUAAUUUAUUGGGAGCAAAAAAAAUUCUCUGCUGACCUCACUUGUGCAGUGCCUACAGAGACCUCAGUGCCUUCUGCUGCACAGCCUGUUUUCCUACCAGCAGUCUGACAACUCUUCUUGCUCAGUUUACUUGCAAAUGUGUUUCCUUUACCACUGGGGCCAUCCCUCCUUCCCCGUGCCCUGAGUCGGACCUGCCCGCUGCACAGGCUGCCCCACGCACCUCCGCUCUCUCGGGUCACCCCCACGGGACACCGACAACCUUCUCUCAGUUCUGUGGAAUGUAUUUCCUAAGGACUCCAAACACUUUGACUAAAUAUAUGGCAUCCUUUGUCUUGGAGCAAAGAGAGCCUACUGCUUUUAGUUUAAUCUGGUUUAAUCUGCCACCUAAUUACAGAGUCAGUGUUUUGUUCCUGCUGGUUUCUGGUUCUGUUUUGAAGUCACCAGCUGCACCGUGGUGUUACCUUACAUUGUCCACUUUUCUCUUCCCUUUUCUUUGGUGUUACUGUUUGUCCAACAGCUGCAUCUCUGGGUACAUCUCCUUCUGCUUGUAGAAGUGAAGCACCAUUCAUAUAAACCUGUUUUUUAGGUCAGAAAUGCAAAUGGGGACUCUGUAUCUGGGGAAACAUAACCCCAUCUACCUCAGCCAUUGGCUCAAGCAGCAUCCAAAGGAACGUUCCGUGUUCAGAACAACAGUCCCAUCCCUCCUCGCUUGUAGAUACUGUUUUAGGGAAACAGCUAAACAUGCAUCACUGCUGCCUGGAAAGAAAGAGAACUUUCAGCAGCCUGAUCUGAUAAAGCAGGCAGCAGAGAGCAGUGGGAUUAUCUCUGCUCCAUACCUAAGCAGCUGCUGUUUCCCAUGUCCUUUCUGUGGGCAGCUUUGGGCAGACAGUCUCCUUUCCCGUGUGUGGUGUAAGUUUACUGUUGACUUUGAUGUGCCAUUACCAAUAAAUGACUUGGUUCCUUUC